AAGUCUUAAAUCUCGGCUCACUAUGUCCAUAUCCGUUCCUCCGCUGCUUCGGGCCGGGUCUCGGGAUGGCACCCCCAGAUUUAGCGCGGUAACCCCACAGGAAUUUCGGGCACCCGCUGCGCAUUUCACGAACGUUAGGGGUCAAUUUGUCUAUAUAAGAAACCGUUCAUUCCUGUCCCUUGCGACUGCACGUUUUUGUAUUACCUAUUUCUGAAAUGUCCCACCUUUUCUACUCCACCAGAUCCACUGUGUACUCCACCAAGGGUAUUGUUUCCUCCACCCAGCCUUUGGCCAAUGCUGCUGGCCUCAAGAUUUUAGAGAAGGGCGGGAACUGUGUCGACGCCUGUGUUGCUAUUUCGGCCGCCUUAUGUGUCACUGAGCCUCCAUCCACUGGUAUUGGUGGUGACUGUUUUGCGUUGUACUACAAUGCCCGGUCCAAGACGGUUGAAGGGAUCAACGGUACGGGAAGAGCUGCUAAGAAGGUCACCGUCGAUAUGGUCCGCAAAUCUGGGAUUGAAGGCCCAAGAAUGCCUGCCACCUCCAUUUAUACUGUCAAUGUACCUGGUGCCAUUGCCGGCUGGGUGGACUCGAUUGAAAAGUGGGGUAGUGGCAAGGUUUCCUUGGCGGAGAUUCUCCAGCCUGCUAUCGAUUUGGCAGAGACCGGAUUUCCUGUCAGUAAAACUGCCGCUUCGAUAUGGCAGAACUGCGUUCCAAAGAUUUUGAAGUCGAAUCCCGAUGAACGUCAGGGCUUCCCGCUUCUUGUGAACGGUCUUGCCCCUAAGGAGGGUGAGUUUGUGCAAAACAAGUUACUUGCUCAGACGUUCAGGGACGUUGCUGAACAGGGUAAGGAUGGGUUCUAUAAGGGCCGGAAUGCGGAUUUGAUUAUAAAGGAAGUACAAAAGAGGGGUGGUGUAAUGGAGCUUCUGGAUUUGUCCUCCCACACCUCCACCUUUGUCCAGCCAAUCAAACAGGAGAUCUUUGGGAAGAAUAUCUGGGAGAUCCCGCCGAACGGGCAGGGCUUGGUUGCAUUGUUGGCCUUGGGUUUGGUCAAGGCGCUAGAGAAGUCUGGCCGUGUGAACCUUUUCGAGUUGAAACACAAUUCUCCGGAGUACAUCCACUUAUUGAUAGAAGCUUUAAAGAUUUCCUUCUACGAUUCCGAUGAGUAUGUUACUGACCCAGAAUUCUAUGACUUGCCAUUGGAAGCUUUGCUCUCCCCCAAGUAUUUGGAUGAAAGAGCCAAAUUGUUUUCUGCCGAUAGGUUGAUCGAUCUGUCGAACUUCACCCACGGAAUCCCAGACCCGAUGUUUAAAUCUGACACAGUUUACUUUACCGUGUCUGAUUCCAACGGUGAUGCUUGCUCCUUCAUCAACUCGGUCUACGAAGGGUUCGGCUCUGCCAUCAUUCCUGAGGGUACCGGCUACGCCUUGCACAAUAGAGGCGCCAACUUCAACCUCACUGCUGGAUCCAAGAACUGCUUGGAAGGGGGGAAAAGACCCUACCACACGAUUAUCCCGGCUAUGAUUACCGAUGCGUCCUCUAACGAGUUGUACGCCUCCUUCGGGAACAUGGGUGGUUACAUGCAAGCCACAGGACACGUGCAGCACGUCUUGAACAUGUUGUUGUUUGGAUUCAAUCCCCAGGAAUCUGUCGAUUCCCCGCGCAUCUGCUUGUGUGCUCAUCCGGACCAGACUUCCUUGGAUAGAGGCAAGGGCCCCGACGGACCGGUAUCUACCCCGGUCACUUUGGUCGCGGUGGAAGAGGGAAUGCCGCAGGAGACUAUCGAUGGGUUGAAAGCCUUGGGGCAUGAAGUCAAGGUGUACCCAUACAACAACCGAGGCUUGUUUGGCAGAGCACAGAUCAUCAGAAAUGAAUCCAAGAAUGGUCAGUUGAUCUAUGCGGGGGGUUCUGACAACAGAGGUGACGGUGCGGCCGUUCCUUUCGUGUAAGGGACUUACCUUAGUUAGUUCUUGGCAUUCGGAGGAUUCUAGAAUUCUUUCUAAGGUUAUUAGUUAAACUUUCUAUAACUGAGUUUUUGCAGUACCUGGGAGAGUAUGUAGUGAAAUGUUUUAUACCCAUUGGAUAACUAGGAUCUAAGUUGUAACUGGUUCAGCAAGAGUUGG